GUUUCUAUGACAUACUAAUUCUGGAAUUAGAGGUUCUAAAGAUGUAUAAUAAAGAACAGAACUCUAACGCUUAAGGGUUCUCUUCUUAAUUUUCUAAAUCUCUUCAAAGGUCAUGGCUGAGAGAUUGUUAAUAAGAGCAUUGAAGGGUGGUGAACACACUAGGAUCAUCACUUUGCAUGGGAAGAAGUUAACAAAGAUGCCCUCAGCAUUAGGAAAACUGCCUGGCCUGAGGACUCUAGACCUUCAAAAUAACCAAAUUCCUAAAGUGUGCCCAGAACUAAGUACCUUGACCCAGUUGACAUUUCUAAGUCUGGGAAACAACCUUUUAGAAGAAGUUCCAGAAGAGAUGAAAUACCUUACCUCCCUGAAGAAGCUUCAUUUAUUUGGAAAUAGGAUUUGUAGAUUUGCAUCUGGAGUAUGUGAUGGUUUACAAAAUUUGAUCCUGCUUAAUCUGAACAACAAUGAGCUUACAUGGCUUCCUGAAGAAAUUGGAAGGUUAAAAAGCCUUGUGUAUCUGAGUAUAAAUUAUAACCAUCUAACUAGCAUUCCUACAGAAUUUUGCUUCCUGGAGAAGCUUUCUGAACUUCGUCUGAACUACAAUCAGCUUGUUUGCAUCCCUGAAGAGAUUAGGUUCUUGACGAAGCUCCAGAAGCUUUCUGUGGUCAGGAACAACAUUGAAGAUUUGCCAGAGGUAAGCAAAAACAGUUCCACAAAGAAGCAUAUAUUUAUUUAUUUACAUUUCCUUAUAUAAAUGAGUUAAUUUGAGAGAGAAUGCAUGUUAUAAAUUGAGUAAA